AUGAAUGUCACAAAGUGCUUGCAGGCCAAGAACAUCAAACGAUUGAUGGUCGGCGGCGAGGUGCUUCUCGGUGAAAUGCCUGCUGGUAUUUUCCAACCAUUGGCAAGAAUCCCAAGCACUCUGGAGGAGCUUCAUCUCAGUAUGCUUGACAUCACUCCUUCUCUUUGCGAGGAGCACCUUGGGGAGUAUAUGAAACACCCAUCACAGCGUGACCACCUUGGAGCCUGCACAUCAUUGUCAAAAAUAACAAUUCAAGCUUCUAGAUUCCCCAACAAUCAACAGACAGUCGUCGACAUGUUCUCCAACGUUGCAGAUGGCCUCAAGGUCAAUCAGACCUUGGAAGAAUUCACCAUGACACUAUACUGCUUUUCUGAAAACGCUGGAUUGGCAGUCAUGAACAUGUUUGCUGAAGCCGCCAAGCACAACCGUUGCCUCAAAACGUUGAAAAUUGACCCUUGGUUCCGUUGUCCCACCGGUACGGGGUGGGACUUUGUCCCUCUGGAAUCAUGUGAUGCAGCCCGCCUGAUUGAAAUGUACACCAAGCUCAACCAGAAUGGCCUCCUCGGCGUGCUACAGCGUGAAGAAUGCAACAAUGCCCAUCUCUGGGCCCAUGCUCUGGGCCUUUUUCUGGAUGACCUGGACUGUAGUUUCGCGUUACUGCAGAUAAAUCCUGCAUGUCUGUGCCAAACUGGGUCUCAGAAUGAACGUACCCAGAAUGGUCAGACUUUGACCUCUGAUGUGGAUCAGUUCCGUGAUCAGGACAUGGAAGCACUGCCAAUGGCCAAUCCCGUGCUCCGUCAAAUCGGGUCUUUGAAUGAGAGGUAA